GAUACUGAUAAUGACUAAUGUGUUGUGAGAUCACAGAGCUCAUGCUUCGUGGAUUUAAUAUAAUGUAUGUAAAUCCAUGUUACGUAACUAUUUGUUGACCACAAACCAUGGCGUCAGUCCGAUAUUGACCCACUUCAUGCUCGCUGAUUGAAUACCAUGAUUUUGUUGCUACUACCAAGCUACCGGGGACCACAAUGACUGAUAGUGCUACGCUGGUCGACAGCUCGGAACGGAUUAUCCUGCCGCUCGAAAUAUAAUGUAAUCACGCCAAUGGAGUGACAAUGAGGAGAUACAAGGGCAGCUUCGUUAUCGAUAUAAGGAGCUUGUUCACGGGAGCAGCAGCGAGCGCCUGCCACGUUUUCCCGGCCAUGUCGACUAAAGCGAUGCGACGAUUCCUUGCCUGGUUCGUCUUCACCAUCGCCACCACGGUGGUGUUUUUCCUUGGGAUCUUUCAAGGGGUGAACACGGGAUGGAGGAUGCAGUACGCGGAGGCCAUGGAUCGGCCCGCCGCGGCGGCGGCGGUGGGUAGCAGCACUAGACACGGCCCGCUCAGACGAGGCAUACUGGCGGACAACUCUAAAGGAAUCCACCAGGAAAAUGAGACUACUUUAAAGCUUCGAUUAUUGCAUCUCAGGAACGGACCGACAUCAGAAAUUCCCACCUUGGAUUAUACACAUGGUUUACAGAAGAUCGAGAACAGUUCGGGGAACUCAGGGGACACGCUACAAAAUAUCACACGAGCUCAGAUCAUCAGAUCCAUUCGGAACCACACAAUCCACUCAAUCUGUCAGGCUGAGCAACUGAGUGACGUCUCCAUGUUGGACCGGACAGCCCGCGAGGAGCUGACCCACCAAAUCAUCGUGGACGACGAGCGUAAGUUCUUGUACUGCUACGUGCCUAAGGUGGCUUGCUCCAAUUGGAAACGAGUCAUCAAGUUCAUGCAGGGUACUAUCCAGGAUAUAGGUGCCAAGAUCAAGAUGGACCACAAGAACGGCCUGGUGUUCUUAGAUAGCUUUACCCCCAAGCAGAUAAAGUACCGCAUCAAGAACUACUACAAGUUCAUGUUCGUUCGUAACCCUGUGGAGAGGCUGCUGUCGGCUUAUAGGAACAAAUUUGGGGAGGAGGCCCUUAGUCAGUACAAACAGCGUUACGCACCCAGGAUUAUCCACAAGUACCGGGGCAAGUGGGAUGGGAAGGAUACUAACAUUACCCUUGAGGAGUUUGUCCGGUACCUGUUGGACACGGGGACUGCAAAAAUGGACCAGCAUUGGAAGCCCAUGCAUCUACUAUGCCAGCCUUGCGCUGUGCAAUAUGACUUCGUAGGCUCGUUCGAGCAGUUGAGCGAGGAUUCCAAUUAUGUCCUAGACAAGAUCAAGGGGAACACAGGUGCAUAUUUCCCCCCACGCCAGGGCUGGUACAACCCCACCACCCAGGACAAAAUGGACGCUCUCAUCAGCGAGGUGGACCCCAUUUACAUCCAAAAGUUCGUGGACAAGUACAUCUUGGAUUUUAUAACCUUCGGGUAUGCGCCGCCGAAACAGUACUACUUGAAAUACAACCAAGACGAUGGCGAAGACGACGAUGAGGAGAAUGAGGAGAAUGAGAUUAAUCCCAGAGGAAGCAACGACUCGUAGCCGAGACCAUCUUUUUGAGUCCGUCCAUCCUGUUUUAGGCAUCAUGCUUCCUUUCUGACAGCGACAGUCAUCGAAUUUAAAUCCGUAGCCUCAAAAAUAACGUCACACUGCGGAUAGAGUUUGGUCAUUCCGAUUUGGGAAGUCGAAGUCCAUGUCAUUGUCGCUACCCUCCGGAGAAUUCUGACCUCUGCCCUAAAAAAAAUUGUUGAAGAGAACUAUUGUUGUGUUUCUUCUAAUCUAGAAAAUCAGAAUAAAUAUGCGAAAUUGAUUUUAUCACUAAAAUUUGAAUAUACACAGGGCUUCCAAUCGUUUGAGCUUUGACAUAUAUCUGUGUUGUCACCUCGUUGAUCAUGUUAACAGAUUACGAAGAAAGGUGAAAUUAUCUGCCAAAGAGUAUCUUCAGGCUACUUUGUAUUAUAUAUUAGUACGUAAUAGUCGCUAUUUUUGUACCUGUCCCAGUGUCCUGUCCAAGUAUUUGCCUCAAUGAUUUGUGUUGCCAGAGAUCACUCAGGACCAGAAGUGCAUCGUUUUGAGCAUUUGGAAUUUUAGGGUCAAUCUUAAAGGGGUAUGCCCACAUGUAUAUAGCUUUUUAGAGUUCGUCUGAACUAAUUGGCAUGCACUUCCCAAAUCAGUGUAGACCCUGUUUUGUCUAGUUUAAUGUACAUGCUUUUGGGGUGUUCAAUAAUAAUUACAAGCCGGUGAAGCCUCAAGGCAUUCUACUAAAAUCAUUAAGGAUUCCAAAUUGUAGGUCCUCUUUCUUUAAGAACAAAAACAUCACAAAGUUUCUCCUUUGAUGAGCAGAAUGAAAAAGGAUCAAUAUGAGGACAGGUGAAUGUAUGAAGACAAGAGUUUGGAGUGCUCUCCUUAACUAAGGGGUCUUGACGUGGUAUGGUAGUGAUGUUUAGUUUUAAGUACCCUUGAAUGCAAACAAAAAAGUCGAGGAUGCAAGUGAGUGUGUACAAUGAACACAGAAGAGUCUUGUCUGAAGUGCUGAGUUGAGUGCACCUCAUUCCGAGUUUACCCUCGGGCCAAACGCAUAUGCACUCUUUGUGGCGCAUGCCUAUUUGGCCCGACGGUAUUCUCAGCACGAGGAUCGUGACACUUGUGAUUAAAAAUGUUAAAAAUGACUUGUUCUUUUCUUUUGCAUUGUGAUUUUAACAUACAAUUUUGUUGGUUGCUGGAAACUUUUGUAGUUAAUAAUUUAAUAAAUAAACAGGAAAAUGUCUUCCAACUUUAUGAAGUUGAA